AUGCAAAUACAUUUCUUAUUGAUAUUAAUGGCACUUUUGAUGACAAACUUAUUAGCUUUUACAGAAUUAGGGUUUGAUACAUCAACAAGCGCUUGCUCUGUAAAACAGAAAGGGAAAAGUAUUUGUCAAUGUUGCAAAAGAACAUGUUGGUACGAUAUUGCAAAUGCAGCAACAAAUAAUCUCGGGCAUAUACCUGGUGAAAAAGAUGAACAAGAAGCACUGGAUACAUUACAUUUGAUUCAUUUAUGCAUGCUUCUGAAGUGUGGCAAUAUAUGUCCAAAAAUUCCUCGAAGUUUACCCAAACUAACAAUAUAA